UACUUUGACUGUAACAGAGUAGGCAAAACCAUGUGAAACUUCAUGUGAUGUUGUCUCUCACCAGUAGCCACCAAUUUGUCUUAACCGCUAAAUAUUUGGAUAUGAAACUUGUGAUGAACUUAUAUAUAUAAUCAGACUCAAACAUUUUAACAAACACAAGUAUCCUGACAUUCAAAAAACUUCCAUUUUUUGUGCAAUUCUCAAAGUUCUUGUUCUUUGUUUUCCUUCCUCACUUAGAGUUACAUCAUAUUCCUUGAGAGAAUGGCUAUCAAAGUGACUCCAUUUAUUCAGGCUAAUCGAAUCCUAAGGAGGUCUUCAACAUCUGGAAGUGUUCCAAAAGGACAUUGUGCAGUAUAUGUCGGAGAGAGCCAGAAGAAGCGAUUCGUCGUGCCAAUAUCAUACCUGAGCCAACCUCUAUUUCAAGACUUAUUAGCUCAAGCUGAAGAAGAGUUUGGAUUUGAUCAUCCAAUGGGUGGUCUUACAAUACCUUGUAAAGAGGAUGUGUUUGUUGAUCUCACGUCCCGCUUGAGGAGAUUAUGAGUAGGAUCAUUGUGCCAAUUUUCUUCCCCAUGAAAUUUUGUAAAUCAAUAGGAUUAGAAAUGAGAGAGAGAGAAAACAAUUCCUUGUUUUUUUCUUAACCAUUUUGUAUAGUGCAUAGUAAACAAGGAUUUUCUGCUUGUAAAGGUGAGUUAAAAUGACCAACCUCCUGUCAAAUGGAUAUAGACAAUUUUUAUUUAAGCAAAUUUGUUCAAGUCA